AACAAUAAAUAUUACCAUAAAUACACUAUUAAAAAUGAUAUCUCUACUGUAUGUACUCAUUAAAAAAAAGAUGAUGGUGGGUGUGUUUGUGUGCUUCCCCAAUGAGAUGCUUCAUCACCUGACCGUCCCUGGACUCCAAUGCCCAGAACUCUGGCCGUGAUGACGCGCCGCCGCAGCGCGCAACGCGUCUCACGCAACGCUCUGUGUUUUGGAGAAGAACGGAAGAUGGCGACCUCAAACAAUCCGCGCAAAUUCAGCGAGAAGAUCGCCCUGCACAACCAGAAGCAGGCGGAGGAGACCGCGGCGUUUGAGGAGGUCAUGAAGGACCUAAGCAUCACGCGAGCUGCGCGGCUGCAGUUGCAGAAGACCCAGUAUUUGCAACUAAGCCAGAAUCGAGCUCAGUGCUAUGGAGGGUCACUGCCCAAUGUCAAUCAGAUUGGAAAUAGCAACACUGACCUCCCUUUUCAGAUUAUUUUUCAGACGACAGUUCUGGACACCAGUCGGACAACCCGACAUCACGGCCUGGUGGACCGUGUGUACCGCGACAGAAAUCGCAUCGCUUCUCCGCAUCGCAGGCCUCUCUCCGUGGACAAGCAUGGACGUCAGAUUGACAGCUGCCCAUAUGGCUCAGUAUAUCUGUCUCCACCCCCUGACACAAGCUGGAGGAGGACAAACUCUGACUCAGCUCUACACCAGAGUGCUGUGACUCCACAGGACACUUUUGUCGGUGGAUCUCAGGAACUGCAGUCAAAAGGAGUUAAAACAUUGCUGUUGCUCACCCCUCCAGACACAGAAGACACCGAAACAGAGAUGGAGAAAGAUGAGCCAAAAGGAUCUCUACACUCAGAGUCACAUGAUGUUCCUGGAAUUAACAUAUUUCCAUCUCCUGAUCAAGAAAUGAACAGCUCUCUGAUGCCAGCGGCUCACAGCACAGGUGGCUCUUUACCCGAUCUGACAAACAUCCAGUUUCCACCCCCUCUUCCCACCCCGCUGGAUCCAGAUGAUCCCAUUACCUUCCCCACAUCCAGUCCCAGCACUACCAAUAACCUGACAACCAACCUGACACAUUUGGGCAUCAGCGCAGCCAGUCACGUUCCUCCCAACCCUCCCGCCCAGCACACCGGACCCUCGCCCAAUAUCAACCAACAGCAGCAACCCACUCCCACACUCCAACCUGCGGUGUCAUCUCAAAUACCCAUCGCACAGCCGAUGGCGAUGGACAGCCUGACAUUAGAGCAGCAGUUAUCUCAAUACUCACUCUUGAGUUUACUGAACGAUCUGCAGAAACAGCCACACACGCUCCCGCAAAACAUCCGUCUCAUACGACUCCCACCUCUCACUGUAAGCUCCACACCCAACACCACCCAAAACUCUCUCGACAGCCAAUCACAGACGGUCACGAGCGGAACCGCCAACUCUUUCACUCAACAGUACCGCAGUCAGACCGGCUCUUCAGCCAAUCAAUCACCCACAUCUCCAGUGUCCAAUCAGGGCUUCUCACCCGGAGGCUCACCACAACACAUGCCUGGUGUUGGCAGCAUCUUUGGAGAUUCGUUCUAUGAUCAGCAGCUGUCAUCCAGACAGACCACUGCCCUCUCUAACCAGUUGGAGCAGUUCAAUAUGAAUAUGAUGGAAAAUCCAGGCAGCUCCAGUCACUGUUCGACACUGAACUACACGCAGGCAGCCAUGAUGGGCUUAACUGGAACCCACAGCAGUCAGUCGGACUCACAGCAGCUGAGCUACAGUAGCCAUGGCAACAUUCCCAACAUCAUCCUCACAGUGACGGGAGAGUCUCCGCCAAGUCUCUCCAAGGAACUCAGCAGCUCAUUGGCCAGCGUUGGUGAUGUCAGCUUUGACGCAGACUCACAGUUCCCAUUGGAUGAGUUGAAGAUAGACCCCCUGACACUGGACGGACUGCAUAUGCUCAACGACCCGGACAUGGUUCUCGCCGACCCGGCCACUGAGGACACGUUCCGCAUGGAUCGACUGUGAAUCUGUGAAUGCCAUUUUAAGCAAGACAUUCAGCUGCAUGGCCUCUCUGUUCACCAUCUGGUCAGUGGCCGUCCCCCCAACCACCCACACGACGGCAUGCUGGCGAACCGCUCGUGACCGGAGGCUGAUGGUGGGGGUUUGGGGGGUGAGUGGAGGUGGAAUUGCUGUAUCCACACUGGAUAGUUUCCAAUGCGCAAUACUGUCCACCAUCCACUCUCUUUUUGUAGUCAUCGUUUUGUUUUGCAUUUCGUUGUCUAGUGUUUGUUAAUUAUUUUGUCUAUUUUUGGAGGAACAUAGCUUUUAUUUGAUAAUGUUUGUUUUCAGUAAAAUCGUCUUUGGUAUAAAUUUGUGAUACGCCAAAAUAUCUGUUUUUAAUGUUUACAUAAUUAUGCCAUAUGUCCUUUAAUAAUGAUCUGUGUAUGUGUUCGACAUAUUUAUUCAUAUUUUGUAUUAUGAUUAUUUUUAUUCAUGUUUAUGUAAUGUUAAGGAGCACUACUCCCCCAGAUUGUGUAUCAAGGGUUUAAGGGAGGUUGCUCAACAUGUAGUGGAAGAGUUAAAAUUUGCUUUAACAAAAUGGCUUCCAUAAUAUUUCAUUUUGCUAGCAUUUUAUAACAUUCGAACACGAUGAUCUGUUAUUAUUCUUGUUUGUAUAUUCUAAUAUUCGCCAGUGAUUCUAUAGAGAACGACAGCAGUCUCUGGAGGUUUUGUGUACGUGGGACAUCUUGUAUCUUUCGCAUAUGUUGAAGUUUUGUUCGCUGUUAUCGCUGUAUUGUUCGCUUCACAGGUGGUCGGUAAAUGUGACCCAAGAGCUGCUGCAGUAACCUGCUAAACACUUCACUGUGAGAGGACCUGAUUUUGCCUUAUAUAAAAACAAAAUGCUGUUUUUAACCGUCAAUGUGUUUUUCUAACGUCUCGGAAACGAUUUUCUCUCGUGUCUGUUUCUAGUUCGGCUGUGGUAUUCUUGUUUUGACUAUGCCAUUUUGUUCGGUAUUCUGUAUGGUUUGUAUUUGUACUGCCAAACGUCAACUUGAGAUUCUGUUGUGAAGAUAAUGUCAAUCUAAUGGCUUGGGGAGAGUAAUGCUCCUUAUUCUCUGUGCUGUUAUGGGAAGUUUUGUGUUUAUUAUUUUUUUAAGGGUAUGUUCGAGCCCUGUUGCACAUUGAUCAAAUUAUAUUUUAUUUUUUUGUGUGCUAUACGAAAGGUAUUAAGGAAUCACUCAUUUGUAAUUCAGCAUUAUGGUGUACAGUCUGGUGCAAAAGUCUGAGAUCACAUGAAAAUGAACGACCAUUGUAACGAUUUCCUUGCUACCAUUGAAGCACACAAGAUGAUUUUUGGAACAGUAUGAGAUAAACAUUAUCAGGUUUAUCACAAACUUGUGGAGUCUAUGCCUGCUUAAAGGGAUAGUUCACCCUAAUUUUUUUUUUUUUUUUUACGUUUUUUUGACUCCUAUACAUUUUCUACUGUACUAUAAAAAUUCAAUGGUGCUCAAACUUUUUGAUUACAAACAUUUUUCUAAAUAUCUUCUGUUGUGUUCAGCAGAACAACAAAAUUGCAGGUUUGAUCAACUACACUGCAAAAAAUUAUUUUCAAGAAAACAUUUUCUUAG